AUGCCGCGUCUUGGGGAAGCAAAGCAGCCCUCGCGGCGACAUCAACGAGUCUUCACCCUGAUGCUCGUCGCUAUCCUCUCUGCUGCGUGCCUCAUCGGCCUCGCGCACCUUUUCACCGUCCCCAUGAUCUCUUUCCGCGACUGGGCGCUGACGACGACAACCACCACCACCGCUCAGCCGCAGCGGCCUGACGGGCCAACCGAGGAGGGUGCUGCCGAUGACGUCGACGCGCAGGGCCAUCGCCGCCACCGCAAGUUUGACGACAUAACCAUGAUGGCGCGUCUGCCGCGGGCCGUCAUCCCCACGGCCGACAACGGCCGGCGCCUCAUCAUCGUCGGCGACAUCCACGGCAAGGACGACGCGCUGGACCAGCUGCUCGCGCACGUCGGGUACGACGCCGCCACCGACCACGUCGUCGCCGCCGGCGACAUGGUCAACAAGGGCCCACACUCUGACCGCGUCGUCGCCCGCCUGAUGGAGCUCGGCGCCUCGGCCGUCCGCGGCAACCAUGAGGACCGCGUGCUGCUCGCGCUCGCCUCGGACGAGGAGCGUGACGAUGCCGCCGACAGCGUGCCCUUCCCAGGCCUGCAGAAGCGCCGCACCAAGAAGCGCGACCGCAAGACGGCUCGACAGCUCAGCGCGGAGCAGGUCGCGUGGCUGGCGGACCGGCCGCUCAUCCUCGCCGCCGAGGAGCUGGGCAUGUACAUCGUCCACGCCGGCCUGGUGCCGGGCAUCCGCCCGUGGCGCCAGGAGCCCUGGGCCGUCAUGUACAUGCGCUCCCUGAUUGAGCCGCCCUGGCACCUGACCAAACAAGACGGUGACUUGCACGACGAGCUUGUCAUCGGCGAAGAUGGCGUAGACAUGGACGAGGCUGAUGAGGUGGACAACGACACCGAAGACGUGGACGGUGACUAUGGCGACGAAGCUGACGUCCACGCCAGCCUCACGGUCAAGGACCUCAUCCCCGUCGACACCCACGACGGCCACGAAUGGGCCCAGCUCUGGGACCGCCACCAGCCUCUGCUGCGCAAGUCCGAGCGCCGCACCGUCGUCUACGGGCACGAUGCGAAGCGCGGCCUCCAAAUCGGCAAAUACACCUUUGGCCUGGACUCAGGCUGCGUCAAGGGCGGCCACCUCACCGCCCUGGUGAUUCACGUCAGCAAAAAGGGCAACGUGAAGCGCAACAUCCGCCAGGUAUCUUGCAAGAAGCACAAGUGA